UACCAUAUCAAGAAAGCUCUUGGUGAGCUAAGUCAAGAAGAGAGUGAUUUCAACACUCACUUUGGAAAGUACAGGUCGCUUGUAGCUGAGCUUGAGAUGUUAAGACCCUUCACUACUGAGGCAAAGGCUCUUAAGGAUCGUAGAGAGCAAGAUUUGGUCUUCGGUUUGUUGCUGACAUUAAACUCGAGCUACACUGAUGUGAUUCAGCAUAUACUAAGAGAUGACAAGGUGCCAACUCUAGAACAAGCGUGUGCGAAGAUUCAGAAAGAGUAUGGAGCUCAAGGACUGUUUAACAGCAAAGGAAGUCUCCCGACUGCAAACAAGGCUGGAGUUGUCAAGCAAGAAGACAAGAAGACAUGGGUUUGUGACCAUUGCAAGAAAAAAGGUCACUUGAAGGAUAAAUGCUGGCUUCUUCAUCCCCAUUUAAAACCAGAAAAAUUCAAGAACUUCAAGCCAAAGGCAAAUGCGGUUAAUGGAAGUGAUGGUGGGUCAGAGAAUGAAGAAAGAGCUAUGGUUCAGUACGGGCAAGAGAAAGCGAUGCAGGCCAUUACACAAGGCAAGAGUGGCGCAUCUACCUCACAAGCUCAGGAGACUAUUGUCAUGAACAAGGCUGACCUCGAGUCUCUCCUCCAAUCCAUUGCAUCUAAAUUACACACUGGCGGAUAUUGAGAGUGGAAAAGUGUUUGGGCAAGGAAGCACCAAGGAUGACUUAUAUGUGUUUCAAGACAU